AUGGAAUCGAGAUAUAAUGCCAGCAACGAUAUCGCAGAUAAACUUGCGAAAUUAGAUCGUGGCUCCACCGUCCUUGAGCUCAUUACCAAAUUCGAGCAGGCGGAAUUCCUUAAAGCAAAUCUGAAAACCGAUUCUCUGUCGAAUAACCUGGGCAAGCCUUUGCUUGAUGAUCACUAUGCAGAUGGAGCAGCUGAAGGAGUCUGCUCGGCUGCGGUGAUGCACUGGCUUGAUACCGGCAACGUCCCCGCUCCCACCGAGAAUAUGGCUACAAAGCUGUCUCGAGUCCAAGGCUCUUUUGACCUUGACAAUGAGCGUGAAUACUUGAAAUGGGUCAGCAAUCUAUCAGGCUCUUUCAAGAAGCUCAAAGAACCUGUCAAAGACAGCAAGGGCUUGAAUCUCGACGACACCCAAGUUUUCAUCAACUAUCUGCUUGAUUUCUCGGGUAAGAUUAACACAGAGUUCAAGCUUUUCCUCAUCCUUUCUUUCCGGAAUGGCAUCAAACAAUGUGCCCAUGCGGUUGGCUGGAAUCUUGGAACCAGAAGCUUCUUCGAUCCCAAUUACGGCGUUUGGAAGAUCAAAACACCCGGUGCCAAGGAUAGCAUUUGGAAUUUCAUCCCUUUCAGUAAUGGUUCCGACCCUGCCACAGACAUUGCCUCUUCACUUCUCGGUUUGGAUGAGAUUCGCAAUAAAUACGGGAAGCAAGUCUCUGUCAUGGCUAUCACUUUCUGA